UAUUAUAUUGAGUUAUCUGCCCUAAACUUCCAAAAUGGACACAUGUGACUGGAUGACUGCUCCAUCUUCUCGUAGAUAGUAAAGAUUAAGAGGAUAACAAGAGGCAUCUGCUUACACAGCGUUAAGAGCUAAUCUCCAGGCCCUAAGAAAACUCUUAAAGAAAGAUAGGGAGGAAGAGAAAGAUAAACCUCUUCAUUAGUCUCAUGCCUCUUUUCGAAAACAUCAUUCUUGCUUCCUUUGGUCACCUGCUACAAUCAGUCACCAAACCAAGAUAUUUGCAGUAUAGGUGGUUGGAUAAAGAAACAUAGCAGAACUUUGGGAGAUCGUCCUCUCCCCUGGAGCAGCAAGGAGCUUAGACUUCAGUAACAGAAGGAGAAUCGUCUAGUGAAAUACAUUGGGAAAUCAAGGUGACAUGACCUCACCCACCGGAUCUGUCCUCAGCACCAGUGCAGAAGACAGUCAGUCAGUUCCAAGUCCUGCUCCUGGUCCUGCUCCAGUCCCUAGCCCUGCCCUUUUGUGCCGUGUGUGCGGUGAUAGCAGCAGCGGAAAACACUAUGGCAUCUACGCCUGCAAUGGUUGCAGUGGCUUCUUCAAGAGGAGUGUCCGGAGGAAACUCAUAUACAGAUGCCAAGCAGGUACUGGAUUGUGUCCAGUGGAUAAAGCCCACAGAAACCAAUGUCAAGCAUGCAGGCUGAAGAAAUGUCUCCAAACUGGAAUGAACAAGGACGCUGUUCAGAAUGAACGUCAGCCACGCAGCACAUCUCAGAUCCGUCUGGACAGCAUAGACUUGAACACUGAGAGUCGCAUGGAGCACUUGGCUACAACCCGAGAACCUCUCCCAUCUUGCCCACCUGUCAACAGCCUCCGGACCCCUGUUCCUACUGUAAUAACUGGGACCCUCAGCCCUCCGCACAACCAUCGUUUCAUGGCAAGCUUGAUGACAGCAGAAACAUGUGCCAAGCUAGAGCCAGAGGAAGCUGAGGAGAAUAUUGAUGUUACAAGCAAUGAACCUGAGCGCACACCAAGUGAUUUUCAGAUGUCAGGGUUCUCCGCAUCCAGUCCAGAAGGUGUAUAUGAAACCUCAGCUCGUCUCCUCUUCAUGGCUGUGAAAUGGGCCAAGAACCUCCCAGUUUUUUCCAACCUUCCUUUCAGGGACCAGGUGAUCCUACUUGAGGAGGCAUGGAGCGAGCUAUUCCUUUUAUGUGCCAUUCAAUGGUCUAUGCCUCUGGAAAGCUGCCCAUUGCUGUCUGUGCCAGAUUUGUCUCCCAGUGUCAAUGGGAAAUCCAUCUCCUCCAGUGUAGAUGUCCGGAUUCUCCAAGAAACCAUCAGUCGCUUUAAGUCGCUCAGCGUUGACCCCACAGAGUUUGCCUGUAUGAAAGCUGUCCUGCUUUUUAAGCCUGAAACAAGGGGUCUUAAAGACCCUGAACAAGUAGAAAACUUGCAAGACCAAUCUCAAAUGAUGCUGGCCCAACAUACUAGGAGUCAUUACCCUACCCAACCAGUGAGAUUCGGGAAGCUUCUGCUCCUCUCUCCGUCCCUUCGAUUCAUCUCAUCAGAACGCAUCGAACUUUUGUUCUUUCACCGCACCAUUGGAAACACCCCAAUGGAGAAACUGCUAUGUGACAUGUUUAAAAACUGAAUAUGCAACUCCCUGCUACUACAUUUUACCAUGUAAACAAAAUCCACGCCUAUAAAACCCAAGACAUCAAAGAUAUAACAACAAAUUCAUCUGUGCUAUACAUUGCCCUCCCACCUCU